AUGGUCUUACCGAAAACGCCAAACCUCCUCUGGGCACGCAAAAAGCUACCCAGAACCGUUGUCGAACUGUUGUCGCAACAUACAGGGACGAUGGAUAGGGAUAAUGUGUCUGAUGCAUUCAAAACAAUGGAUACAUCAUGCUCGCUUGUCGCUUGGGGGCUGGACAUCUUUUGGGAGCGGGAAUACCUACUCCAGGCGGUCCUGAGCUUUAAUGGUUCUUACGAGGUGCCGUCUUAACCCGUAACUGGUGAUGCGGGGUCGUGAGAGCCCCAGCAGAUUUUAAAAAUGACUACCUUUCAGUCAGUGUCUGGUGUGAUAGCCGAAGGGAUAGACGUGAGUAAAUCGAGAAAAUGGACCUGUCACGUAUUAAUAAAAUGAAAAUCAAUGAUCCCAGAUUUGAACAAUGGGCUCAAAGUAUAUUAGAGGCGGAGGAGAGUGUCUUUAGCGGGAAUGAUGACUCUCAUAAUGAUCCCGAUUAUGUCAGUGAACACGAAAGCGAUUCAGAAAUUGAAUGGGAGCCGGAAACCGUGGCACUGGAAACUACACUGGAUGUUUCAGAUACUACCUCACAAAAUGCAGCACCUUCCAACGAGCACCAAGAAAUUCCAACUUCAACUCCGAGAAUGUACUAUGGUAAAAAUCGAUACAAAUGGACUGCAGAUGCUCCACCUUCAAAUGUAAGAACCAGAAGUCAUAAUAUUAUCUCUCAUCUUCCCGGAGUUAUUGGACCAGCUAAGUCUCUUGGAAAAUUGUGUCUCGAGAAAAGUGCCUGGGAAUGCCUAAUAACAAGCGAUAUUUUAGAUGAGAUUGUUCUCAGAAGUAAUGAAAAACUUGCCAGAAUUAGAACCAAAUAUGCUGAUGGUAAUAGAAC